AUGGUGACUAGAAAGAUACCCCUUGUAAUUCCUCCAUUCAAUUUGUUCGAUGACAAGUCCAAUGAUUCAAGCACACUUAUAGCUGCAGUUUUGGGCACCAUUUUUGUGCAUGUAUUUAGUCCAUCUUCAAUAUCUUUGGUAGGUGAAAUACCACAGGGCCUGCCAGAAUUUUCCAUCCCAAAGAAAUUUGAGUAUGCUGAAUCUUUGAUUCCUACAACGAUUCUCAUUACUGGCGUGGCUAUUUUGGAGUCUGUGGGAAUUGCUAAAGCACUUGCAGCAAAGAAUGGUUACGACUUGGAUUCCAAUCAAGAGUUAUUUGGUCUUGGUGUGGCAAACAUUGUUGGUUCUUUCUUCUCUAUUUACCCGACAACUGGAUCAUUUUCCAGAUCAGCUGUGAAUCAUGAAAGUGGAGCCAAAACUGGCUUAUCUGGAGUAAUUAUGGGAAUUAUAAUGGGAUGUGCGCUUCAAUUCCUGACUCCAUUGUUUGAAUACAUACCACAGUGUGGUCUAGCCGCCAUUGUCAUUUCUGCUGUUAUUGGACUGGUGGAUUAUGAUGAAGCUACUUUCUUAUGGAGGGUGGAUAAAAGAGACUUUCUCCUCUGGACCAUUACAUUCAUCUUUACCUUGUUCCUUGGCAUAGAGAUCGGCGUCCUUCUUGGUGUUGGUGUUUCACUUGCAUUUGUCAUCCAUGAAUCAGCUAAUCCACAUAUUGCCGUCUUGGGCCGUUUACCUGGCACAACUGUAUAUAGAAACACGCAGCAGUAUCCUGAAGCUUAUACGUACAACGGAAUUGUGAUUGUUCGUGUUGAUGCUCCAAUCUAUUUUGCCAAUAUAAGCUACAUCAAAGACAGGCUCCGAGAAUACGAGACUGUAGUUGAUGGACCUAUAAGGCGAGGCCCUGAGGUCGCAGGAAUUCAUUUUGUCAUUCUUGAGAUGGCUCCUGUCACUUACAUAGACUCUAGCGCUGUUCAAGCUCUAAAAGACUUGUACCACGAAUACAGAUCACGUAACAUCCAGAUAGCCGUUUCCAAUCCAAAUCGAGACGUUCUGCUGACUCUAACAAGAGCCGAGGUGGUCGAUCUAAUAGGCCGAGAAUGGUUCUUCGUUCGCGUGCACGAUGCAGUCCAAGUAUGUCUACAGCAUGUGCAAAGCUUAACCGAUUCUUCCAUGAGCCAAUCUCCAUUGCUAGAGAAGAAAUCAAGCCUCUUCAAUCGACUGCUGAAACAGAGAUCAGAAGAAGCAGCCCUGUCUCAGUUGGAGUCGGGAAAUCGGGAGAUCUCCGCCUCGAGAGACGACGCCGGCCAUCUGGAGCCACUGCUGUCAAAGAAGACCUGAGAACAACUGUGAUGGUGGUGCCAUUGUCUGGUAAGAUUGUAUGGCAAAUGUAUGUAAAAUUGUGUGUCCAAUUCUUUGCAUAUAGAUAUAUAUUGGUUUGAAUGUGUUUAUUUAUUUCAACCUACUCUUUGAGUUAUAUUGUAAUAUGAUUCUAAAAAAAAGAAAAUGUCAAGUGCAUUUAUUAUUAUA